AGGAGAGCUCGCGGGAGCUUUUCCUGCCUCAUCUGUUGCGAAGCUGCUGGAGAGGAGGUGGCAGUCUCUGCAUCCUGCCAGCUGAAACAGAAGAAACUUUGUGUUCACUUACACAGUAUCAGCGGGGAAUGAACUAAAAGAGGGAAAUGCGUCUGCCGCGCUGUUACUGGGAGAAUCUAUGGAUUACACAGCCUGCGAUGUAAAACCGCUUUCUCAUGCGUAAAAAUCAGAUUAGUGGACUAUUACUUACUUUACCGUCUGCGGAACCAGCACGAUUUAGGAAAAGUUUUUUUUUUUUUAAGUGUAGAGAACUAAAAGUUUUCAUGACACUUUUUAUGCGGUUGUUGAAAGCUGCAGACUGAAAGAAGAAAGAAAAAAAGUUGUGUCAGAGACGCACCAAUCUGUCCGCUGGAAGGAUUUUUGGAGACUGAAGACAUGAGAGAGUUUGUCAUCUGCGCGCUUCUGCUAUUAAAAGUUACCCUCGGAGAUGCCUGUGCCAGUGGCCAGUUCACUGAAUCUGGGCAGUGUUGCAGUUUGUGCCCUGCUGGCUUCGGAGUGGCGGUACAGUGUGGGAAAGAGGAUACCAAGUGCGUACCAUGCCCACAGGGAACAUUUUCCUCAUCGGAAGACUUCGGCCAUUGCACUCCCUGUGCCAAGUGCCCAAGGAGUGUUCCCAUGUUGGCCGCUUGCUCUCCGACUCAGGACACGCAGUGUGAAUGCGACAACGGCUUCUUCUUCUUCAGUGCCCACAGCCUGUGCGCACCUUGCUCCAAAUGCCUUCCUGGCCACGGUGUUAUCCGCGAAUGUGGUCCACAGGGAAACACCCAGUGCCAGCUGUGUGGCCUGGGAACAUUUUCUGAGGAGCUGAGGACCACCAAGCCCUGUCAGACCUGCACCCAGUGCUCUGACAGUGAGGUGGAGAUCCGAGCCUGCAUGCCCAACUCUGACACACUCUGCAUGGAUAAAAAGUUGCACAUUUUAUCUCGUCCUGCUCUGGAUGGGCCAGACGGGACCCGCGAUGCUCCUCGCUGGCCAGGUGUUGAGGAGGUGACGAAGGAAGGGGACGCUAGUCCUGCACCUGGAACACCCAAGGGACCACAGGAGGAGGGUGGCAGCAACAACAUUCUGGCCUACGUGUCUAUUCUGGCUGCCGUAGUGUUGGGUCUGCUUCUUUAUGUGGCUUAUAAAUGCUGGAGAUCAUGUAAACAGAAGAGGGCUCUCUCAAAGGCUCGUGCAGCUGAAUUGGGAACGGCUCCAGAGGGAGAAAAGCUGCAAAGUGACAGCGGCGUCUUUCUGGACUCUCACAGCCUACAGGACAAUCAGCCCAGCAAAGGUACUAAGAGGGACAGCAAGCAGGACAAUCGUCUGUACAUCAACCUACCCCCCCACAGACAGGAGGAGAUGGAACGCCUCCUACAGGAGGGAGGGGGCCGGGGGUGGAGGCAGCUGGGUGCAGCACUGGGCUAUGAGCCUGAACAGCUGGACCUGUUUGGGCGUGGAGAGGCCCCCGCUCACACGCUUCUCUCUAACUGGGCCCAGAAAGAAGGCUCCACACUGGGACUCCUGUGUUCUGCACUGGCUCGCAUCGAGAGGCCCGACGUGGUAACAGUCCUCAACUGCCCCACGCAGGGGGUUUCUGUGGUCUGAUGGCUCCUCAAACAUAUGUAUGACCUUAAAAGACUCAAGUGAAGAACUUUCAUUUAAAUGACAAGGGAGGCACUCUGAUAUCAACACCUCUGUCACCGCUGGAGGCUGCCACUGAUGGUUCUGAUUACUUUCUUGACACUUAAAUUUAAUUUUUGCUAAGAGAACAAAAGAUAUUUUUGUUACACUUUCCUCUAGCCCAGUUUGUGUCACAAUUCGAUUUGAUGAUUGAUACAUAGAUCCAGCUGCAUGAAAGAAUCUCCUGCGAUGUGUCUGAUAUCACUACAGAGCAAAUCACCAGUUACCAGGGGAAACGAACAGCCUGAAUUUACAGUAUUUCACCACCUCUUACUGCCGCUAAUGAGUGAAUGACGUCUCAGUGCCUUGCUCAAUCAACACUGCAGAUACCCAGUUAGAUUGGAUUAGACUUGACUUUCACAUACACUACAAUAAGUACAUUUAAAGUGUUGUUUACAUGAUCAAAAACCGUGGUUACUGCGAGUAUUCGGUUAGGAAACAGAAUAAUGUGUUUACAUGUGUUGCGUCAAUGUGAUUAUUCUAAAACCAAACCACUGUUUACAUGUUAUUUGGACAAUAAUGAGAUUUAUCCCCUGCCCCCUCGGAAAUCAUCAGCCCUCCACGUGCUAUUGUAAACGAAUAGAUCCAAGGGAAACGGCUUAGAUCAUCAGGUUUCUAGUCUGGCUAUCCUUGUUUUAUGAUUCAUUUAUGAACUUUAGCAACCUCUUUGCUAUUGCAGUUGUUGUUGUUUUUUUGCCAGAAGAAGACUACUUCUUCUAACGACACUGUUUUCCAACAUGACGCGACUUUCCCUAUUUGGGAUCAUUUCUGUGCAUGCCGAAAAAGAGAAGAAAACUCCACCCAAUUUUGGGUUUACACGGCCAAAUAAUCAUUUGUCCAGUAGAAAUUCUUAACGAUGCCAAAGAUUAUGCCAUUUUCUUCAUAAGAACACUUUAUUUAAUGUGUAGAUGGAACUACUCACUAGAUUUGUUUUUAAAAUGAGUUACCUUGUUCUGUUGUUUCUUUUCUCUUCUUUUUAUGUUGCAGUCACUAAGUAGCCUUGGUAUUUAUUUACACUGAGGAUAUAUUAUGCACCAGCGAUGUUUCAAAUCCCAUCAGAAGACAUGGAAAUGAAGCAUUUUGUGAAAUAUAAAAACGCCUUUCUUAGCUCUUCCUAAUAAUCAUUUAUGAUUGUAAAUAUUUUAAGUAUUGCUUUGUUUUGAUAAGUUGUGGCUUAAAGUGAGAUCAUUUAUGAACUGUGAAGAAUGUAUGCAUUUCUAUCCUCCCUACAUUCAUAAUACACAGCUCCAUUUUUAAUUUUUGUCACCGUGAUUUCUCAUAUUAGACAGAAAAAAAAAACAAGACCCAAAGACACUGUUAACAUCAGUACUCGUGUCCAAGUUACCAUCUUGCUUUUGUAUUUAUUUCAUCACCAUUUCAAGUCUAUAACUAAAUAAAAUCUAUGAGAACCAUGGACAUCUGUGGUGUGCUAGUUUCACAUAUGUGAUGGCCUCAGAUGGUUUGAUAUUUUUUUAACGCCAGCCAUGUAUGGUUUUGUAUAUAUUCAUAGUAUGCCUCAAUGUGUUUUUGUAAGAGUUUUAUUCAUUUAAUAAAUAACUUUGACAAGUCA